AUGUCCAAGGUAGCUGUUUUGGGUGCCUCAGGGCAGAUUGGUCAACCCUUGAGUCUUCUGUUGAAAACCUGCCCCUUGGUGUCGGAGCUGAGGCUUUACGAUGUCGUCCAUGCAGUUGGUGUGGCCACUGAUUUGAACCACAUUGAUACACCACCUCCUGUCAAGGGUUAUCUCCCUGAGAACGAUGGGCUUCAGAAUGCUCUUUCUGGCGCAGAUGUUGUUCUCAUCUCAGCGGGCAUUGCUAGGAAGCCCGGAAUGACAAGAGAUGAUCUCUUCAAGACAAAUGCCGGUAUCAUUGCGGAUCUCGCUAAUGGUGUCGCCAAGUACUGUUCGAAGGCCUUGGUUGGCAUCAUCACCAACCCGGUCAAUAUUACCGUCCCAAUUGCGGCUGAGUGUCUCAAGAAGAACGGCGUGUUCGAUCCUAAGCGGCUGUUUGGAGUCACUACUCUCGACGUGGUGCGUGGGUCCAAGUUUGUGGCCGAUGUUCUUGGAAACGACCCUCGGCAACUCAAGGUACCUGUCGUCGGCGGCCACUCUGGUUCAACGAUCUUGCCAUUGAUCAGCCAAGCUGAGCCUCGGGUUCAUUUGAGCCAAGAUCAGAUCGAGGCUAUCACCAACAGAGUGCAGUUCGGCGGGGACGAGAUCGUCAAGGCCAAAGCCGGUGCGGGUUCAGCGACCACAUGCAUGGCUUACGCUGGUUUCAGAUUUGCCCAGGCCAUCAUGAAGGCAGCCCAAGGCCGGUCAGAGGUUGUUGAGCCUGCGUACGUCUAUUUGCCUGGCGUUCAGGGAGGGGAAUCCAUAUCUCGUGAGCUUGGUGUUGACUAUUUCGCCGUUCCUAUCACUUUCGGCAAAGAUGGUGCAGAGGUUGCUCAUGAGCUUGGACCGCUGUCUGAAUAUGAGGCUAGACUCCUCAAGAUUGCCACCGAAGAGUUGAGGAGCAACAUCAAAGCCGGCGUGAACUUUGUCGCUCCAGGGCGUGAGAAAACUUGA